AUGGGGGACUGGAACUUGUUGGGCAGCAUCCUUGAGGAAGUCCACAUCCACUCCACCAUCGUUGGCAAGAUCUGGCUCACGAUCCUGUUCAUAUUCCGGAUGCUGGUGCUGGGAGUGGCUGCCGAAGACGUCUGGGAUGACGAGCAGUCGGAGUUCAUCUGCAACACGGAGCAGCCCGGCUGCAGCAACAUCUGCUACGACAAAGCCUUCCCCAUCUCUUUGAUCAGAUACUGGGUGUUGCAAAUCAUAUUUGUCUCGUCUCCGUCUCUAGUCUACAUGGGCCACGCGCUCUACAGGUUAAGGGCUCUAGAGAAGGAGAGGCAGAAGAGGAAAGCCCACCUGCGGGCUCAGCUGGAGGACCUGGAGCCCCUGCCCGAGGAACACAAGAGGGUAGAGAGGGAGCUGCGGAAGCUGGAGGAACAGAAGAAGGUGAACAAGGCACCCCUGAGGGGGUCCCUGCUGCGCACCUAUGUGCUACAUAUCCUGACCCGCUCGGUGGUCGAGGUGGGCUUUAUGGUGGGUCAGUAUCUGCUCUACGGCUUCCACAUGCCCCCCCUUUACAAGUGCACCCGCCCCCCCUGCCCGAACACGGUGGAUUGCUUCGUGUCCCGGCCCACGGAGAAGACCAUCUUCAUGCUUUUCAUGCACAGCAUCGCCGCCGUCUCCCUCUUCCUCAACAUCCUCGAGAUCGCCCACCUGGGCCUCAACAGGAUCCACAAGACCCUGGCGGGCCGGCCGCGGAGGCCAGCGGGCCGGGCUGAUGACCAAGCCGUCCCCUGCCACCCCCCCAGCAGCUCGGUGAUGCCUCCUCGCCCUUCGGCCUCCCCGCCACCACCUCCCUCCUCCUCCUCGGCCAUCGGGGGCUCGGGGCAGCACCGCAGACAGAGGCCACCGGUGUCCUCCAGCAGCGAGGAGGCUCCGCCAGGCAUGGUGGGGACAGCGGGGAUGGGGACGGGGACAGGGAUGUCCCGCCGGCUGCCCCGCAAGCACAGCCGGGUGAGCGCCUGCAGGGACGUGGAGGAGGAGCGCGGCGAGUCCCCCGACAGUGGGCACUGCCCCGGCACCCGCAAGUCCAGCUUCCUCUCCAGGGUGCUGCCCGCCAGCCCCGAGGGCAGCGGCAACCGGAGCUCUGCCUCCCCAGGGGGCUCUGACACCAGCUCUGGGGCUGGCUCCCCGUCGGGCUGUGAGGGGCAGCGGAGCCAAGAGGGAAGUCCAACAGGCAGCCCCCCGCCACCUGCCGCCGCCACAGGACGACGGGUGUCCAUGGCAAGUAGCACCCCGCUGCCCAAGGGGCAGAUGGCGGGUGGGCAACUGGGGAAAAUGGGGGGAUUGGGGUGAACGGGAGGCUCUUGGGGAUCAGUCCUGGGGAGAAGAGGGUGAGGUGGGGGUCUGGGAGGCAUCUCCAGGCUUCCUGGCAUGGCCCUGGCGUGGUGGGUCGUGCUGGGUGAAGGCUGCCCCCAGCACAUCAGUCCCCCAGUGUGGUGAGAGCCAAAGCAUCCCUGAGGGAUUCAAAGACUCGCAAAGCAUCACCAGGGCACCCCUGAGGGUCUCCAAGUCACCAAAGGUGUCUCCUUUUCACUCAUCGCAUCACCCCAGGGCUGCCAUCUGUCCCUCAGUCAGCUCCGGCCUUCUUGACGCCCGAACAGCCAGAAGGCCACCACCAUCCGAUGGGUUGGCUUCUUUCGGCUCCAGGGGUGGCUCCCCAGGCUGGCCAGCGGGUGGCUCCCCAGGGUAGCUGCCCAGAGGGGAAACCAAAGCCUCUGCAUAUAAAACACCAAAUUAUCAUGAUCUCACCACCAACAGCUACAGAAAAGCAUUCUGAGAAGCUGUUCCUGUUCUUUGGCUGGUCCAAACUUGCUUACACUCAG